AUGAUGUUGGUAUGUCGCUUCGAACAUCCAAAUGAGGGCGAGAGCACUGAUGAGGUCGGAUACGCUAUAGAAUUCAUCCCGGAACAGAAGAACCCACGAAAACGCCAAGAAAUCAUGCAUGAACUCAUAUUACAAUACCCCCAAUACUUCAAUCCGCGUUUCGCGUACGACGGUCGCGCGAUCAUGUAUAUAUCCAAGGUUCUCAGCAUAAACAACAGUAGUAGCGCGACGCUAAGCGUUCGACUGGGGAAACCUCGUCGUAAUCGACCGCCCGCUGCUUCGCGUGAAGAUCGUCCCGGCCCACCAAAGGGUGGUAUUCAAGUGAAGCUGACGUUGACCUCAGCUGAGACCGUCAAACCAUGGCUCCUUAAUUCGCUCAUACGGCAUCAAGGAUCCGAACAAACGCCCCAGACGGCAGCCGCGACCAACUUGUUGCAGCUGCUCGUUCGUCAGGGGCAGAAUUGGGCAACUUUCCCGAACAAUGCAAGAGCCUAUUAUACGGAGAUAGGAUCAAGGGGAGUUGGUGGAGGGUUUGAACUAUGGCGCGGUUUCUUCCAAUCGGUGCGACCCUCGAUUGGCCGUAUGCUCAUUAACAUCGACAUAUCCAUGGCCGCCAUGUACAAGAGUGGUGGCGUCUUGGAUGUAGCCCUUGACGUUCUAGGAGCGAGGGACAUCCGUGUGCUCUCGUUCGACGGACGGGAUCCUAGAUUCCGAAAACUUGAACGAUACUUUAAGAAGCGGAUGAUCACUGUCCACACGCCUGCGAUGCAGGGUGUAAGGAAAAUGAUAUAUGGACUAGAGCCAAAGGCGGGGCAUUACAGAUUUAAUUUGGAAAGUGGAGAGUCGCUCACUGUUGAGUCGUACUUCCGCGGCCAAAACAAACCAGUCAAAUACCCCGACGCCUUUGGCAUCAUCAUCUCUCGGCCAAACGAUGAUCAUAAACAAAUCAUCCCAGCCGAAUUCUGCAACGUCGUUCCGGGCCAAUUCUACAAGGGCAAGAUCCCGGAAGACAUCCAGUCCGGUGCCGUUCAGAAGUUCUCGACGAUGCGGCCUGAGGAACGCUUGAAAGCGAUUCAAACUGGAAACGCACAACAAUACCCGACCAACGAUCUUAUACAUGACGGCGGAAUGACCAUUGAUUUUGAACCACUGAAAAUCAAUGGGCGUGUUCUCGACGCCCCAAGCCUGCAGUAUGGCGGAGCCCAGCCAUUCAAUCCUCAAAACGGAGCCUGGAACGUUGUGAACAAGAAAUUCCACACGCCAGAGAGGCUAGGCGUAUGGAGUGUGGUGAACUUCGAACUAAGCAUCCCGGAACAGGUGGUUGAGAACUUCGCCCGGAACCUCCAGGUGUGCUGCAACAAGCUAGGCGAGUUCUGCCAUACAUCGUGUCUGUUUGCGAUUUUGUACUUAGUUAAUUUGGCAGGAAUGGGUAUGAAUCAAGCCGUAGCUGGCACCUUGAACCAGGCGUUCGGAGAGAUGCGCACAUUCAUGGAGCAACAUAAACUAAAGCCGAAUCACAUCCUCAUCCUCGCCAUCCUCCCGCAGAAUGCAGCUCCCCUCAGAGCUGAUAUCAAAUAUUGGGGUGAUGUCGAAGCUGGGGUUCUUACGCAGUGUGUGCGCGAAACGAAGAUUUUCUCUCGGGGUCAACCUAAGUUCAACGACCAGUAUUGCAACAACGUUGCUCUCAAGCUGAAUGCACGACUCGGCGGGACCAACUCAAUUCCCAGAUCGAGUGCCCUUGAACAAUUGAAGAAAGCCCCUUACAUGAUCAUGGGUGCUGACGUCGGGCACCCCGGGCCUGGUACAGCAGAAAGGCCCUCGGUUACCAGCCUCGUCUUCUCGCACGACAAAUACGCCUCACACUAUGUGGCCCUUUCUCGGGUUCAGCCGCCACGCCACGAGAUUAUCGUGGACCUGCGUGAGAUGGUUGCUACAGCUGUCUCUGCCUUUGGUGUGAAAAACAGGGCAGGACCUGCCGCGAUCGUGUUCUUCCGUGACGGCGUUUCCGAAGGCGAAUAUAGUCAAGUGGCGGAGAAGGAGAUUCCUGCAAUUCAAGGCAUGGCCGGUGCCUCUGUUUUCGGCCACAAACAGGCGAAGCCAAAGCUCACGUUCAUCGUCGUUGGCAAAAGGCAUCAUAUAAGGUUCUUCCCGGCAUUCGGUCGUGGCGCAGAUAAGAGCGGGAACUGUCCCGCCGGCUUCGUCGCAGAUACGGGGAUUCAGAGCCCCUUUUGUGCUGACUUCUAUCUGUUGAGUCACAGCGGCUUGCUUGGCACGAGUCGACCAAGCCACUAUAUCAUCCUAAAGGACGAGAACUUCAAUAGUAACAUCGAUGAUCUUCAAUCACUUGCCUUUACGUUAUGUCACGCAUAUGCAAAGGCGACGCGUUCAGUCUCCAUUCCCGCGCCCGUGUAUUGUAAGUCGCCUCACCCCACUAUUUUUAUCGGGAUUUUCGUGUUAACAAUAUUUUGUUCUAUCUCGCAGAUGCUGAUGUACGGUGAUCCUCCUAUGAUCAUCCUCCUUUCGCGCUGUCUUCUACUUCGACCGCAACCUCGAUUACACGGGCUCGGACACGGCGACGGUGUCCAGCGGGGUGACCUUCAACCUCGAUACGUGGAGAUCGGGAUACAGGACCAUCAACGGGAGGCUCUCAAAGUCCAUGUAUUUCCUGUAGACCGUAUAAUCCGGUGA